ACAGAGGAGGAUUUCAUGGGCAAUACUGCACCAUGCAAGUUACAGUGGCGGAGUAUCUCCCAAUUUCAAUAGCUGUGUGUUUACCUGACACGUGUAAACCAUAUGAAUUCGUAGAUAUAUUUAAUAAUUCAAGUUUCAUUCCACCAUUAAAUAAAUCUGGUAUCGGUUUUAAUGUGACUGCGUUAACUUGUAAAGCUAAAUCAUUAGAAUUAAGUACUGGAGGAAUUGUGACAUUAUGUAUAAUGUCUGUAUUCUUCCUUCUGGUAUUCAUGGGGAGUUCUAUUACUGCCUUCAAAUAUUUCGCUCAUUCAAAUGCUUCGAAAGAUGAAUGUAAAAGUUCUGUUAAUGAGGGAAAAGUUUCUGAGUAUUUCGUCGGCAGGAGUUUGGAAGAGCUAUUGGUAAUUAAUGAAGGUUCACCAACAAAAUUAAAAGCGUUCAUCGACAUGUGUGAUCCUGUCUUAAACUGCUUUUGCAUCUUUACGAAUGGAUCUAAGUUAUUCAACACUGAUUCCACAGAGGGUCAACUCUUGUGCCUUCACGGUAUCCGAUUUCUAAGUUUGACAUGGGUCAUUGUGUGCCAUGUGUAUAUGUCACCUAUUGCCCAAAUUCGAUCUACGGAAGGUCUCCUACCACUCAUUGAUAAUUUCCCUUUCCAAGCCAUACUCAAUGGAUGGUAUUCGGUUGAUUCAUUUUUCGUGCUCAGCGGUUUUUUGAUGUCUUAUCUAUAUUUUCAAGAAUGUGCCAAAAAACAAGGGAAAACUCCGUGGCUUUAUUUUUAUGUCCAUCGUUAUUUGAGGCUAACACCGGUGUAUAUGAUUGUUCUGGCAUUUUACGCAACUGUCAUGCCAAUAAUAGGAUCCGGACCGUUUUGGCAAGAUUAUAAUGUUGAUCCACACUGCCAGAAGGGAUGGUGGUGGAACUUAAUUUACAUCAAUAACUUUCGAAAACAAAGUGAACAGUGUAUGGGUUGGUCUUGGUAUUUGGCGAACGAUAUGCAAUUCUUUGCUAUUAGCCCACUAUUUCUUAUAACACUCUGGAGGUGGCCUAAAGUGGGUUAUUCAAUGUUAUUGUUGUUUUUAUGGGGUUCUUGGCUUUCUGGGUUUUUAAUAACUUACCAUUAUGAUUUGAUAGCUGGUACUAUGAGUUAUAUUGUUGACAUUGAGCAAGUAACGAAAUUCUCAGAUAAAUGGAUGGAAUAUUUCGAUAAGAUUUAUAUAAAACCUUAUACCAGAAUUGCACCAUACUUAAUUGGCAUUGGUCUUGGUUACAUUUUGUUUAAAAGAAAAGUUACAGACAUUAAAGUAAAUAGGGUUACUUUGUGGAUUGGUUGGUUACUGGCCAUUCCAGUUGGAUUAUACUGUGUCUACGGUCUUUAUCACCAAACUCCAAAUCUUGUGGCUGCUAGUUUUUUUAAUGCCCUCACUCGUACUGGUUAUGGGCUGAGUUUGAGCUGGCUGAUAUUCGUCUGUAUAUCAGGACAAGCGGGUGUUGUGGAUAAAAUUUUGUCUUAUAAGCUAUUCAUCCCUUUGAGUCGAUUGACUUACUGCGCAUAUCUGAUACAUGUGAUUGUGAUUUCUCUUUAUAUUUUCUCGCGGAAAACUACUAUAGUCUUUACUCAUCAAACAAUUAUCCUGAUGUUUUUGGGUUUGCUGAUUGUAACAUAUGCGCUUUCUGUUCUUGUGUCACUGACGUUUGAAUCACCCUUAAUCAGAUUAGAAAAACUUAUCAGAAGCAAAUUUCAGAAUAGAUGAAGAACUUUACAAAUAUAUUUCAAACAUUUAUUAACUUUAAAUUAGCUAAAUAAUUAUUUAUAUUUUUUAAUGUAUCAUGCUUGUAAAUUGCCUCAUUUGUUGAAGAAUUGCAUAAAAUAAAAUAA